AUGGCGCGAACAAUGACCGCCGGCCCCGAAGCCCCGGAAGAUGUCCCAACCACCUUCUCGGUGCACCCAUACCAGCAAAACCUCGGCAAAGCACAUGUGACAAAACCUGGUUCAAGAUCAGGUUCGGGCUCGAGUGGCGGACCUAGUCUUCGACGCGAGCGCAGUAUGAAGUCAAGGGAGUUUGGGCUCUUUGCCCCCAGAGCUCACGACUCGAAACAUACCCUGGCUCCGGCCCCGGCCCCGGCUUCAGCUUCACCUUCGUCUCCUGCCUCUGCUUCGUCUUCGUUUGCCUCAAGCUUACGUCCACACGACCACAGAGACGAGAACGUCGAGUACGACUACGACAACGGCUACUAUCGUUCCUCUUCUCACACCACGACCACCACGCCCUCGACCAACUACCUGAACACUUAUCCGCGGUCACCCACCUUUCGCGUGCGAGCCGGCUCUGCCUCACCCCAGAUACCGACAGCGCCUGUUUCGCCAGUGUCCCACCGGUGGGACUCUCUGUCGAAUGGUAGUUCGACUCUCUACAACCAGUCACUUGCCUCUGCCCCGACGUCGCCUAUCGCAAACGCCUCUCCUAGCGUAUCCCCAAUUCCUCACAACGACCCGCACCGCAGCAUCGAUUCCAUAGCCUCAGAGACCCGAGAUGAAUUCCCUACCCUACCUGCGACGAAAGUAGCCUCUACCGACAACUCGAUCCUUGUCGAAAACUUCUCAAGGCCUCGUAAUCCGAGUAUCAAGCAACCGUACUACGAAGGCACCCGGCUCCGGUCAACAAACCAGUCCCACCCCGACCCGAACCAACUCGACGUCACAAACGGCCACCCGGUUUCGUGGCCCCGUUCUCGAGGCCAAUCCAUAUCCUCGAAUAAAUCCUCAUCCACGUUCGCUUCCCUCCCAGCUCGGCCGUCUCCCGAUAUCCACAGUCGCGACAGUCCUCGAGGUCGGGGUCGGCAGCCGCCGCCCACUCGACCACUCGCCGCAUAUAACCGCGCUGAGAGCGCCGGGCCCGCUCAAGCCAGGGAACCGCUCCUCCAUCGGAUGGCCUCGAUGCCCACGGACGAGCCUAGAUCCAGCUUCCGAUCUCAACUCUCGGCAUCUACAGCACAGGGGACUCUUGGGACCGAAAGAAGCAGUGUGCUGACCAAAAGCAGCUCCGUGACAUCGGUGUAUGGUCAGGUGGACGACCAGGUGGACGAAGCGCUGAGCGUAGAAGACGUGAUGGGAAUGUACGAAAAGGGCUUCGGCGACGACUCGUUACCAGAAGAUAACGAAGACGACGAGUCGAGACCGCCCACCGGGAAGUCGGAAUCAAGUAAGAGGCGGACCGCCGUGUUGGAAGCUAUGGAUGAUCCUCUGCCGAUGCCCAGAUCAGCCGCCACAUUCCCUGGUCCGCGUUCUGAUGCCAUUGUGCGAGACUCGGCCGCCAUCUUCCGAAACUCCAACUUGACUAACUCGCUUCCCGCCGAGAUUGGCGCGAGCACGACAGACCCCAAAGACGACUUCCAGCGGCCGCGGCUAACUCGACGACAGACGGCCAUGACUACCACGGACGCAGACGAUCGAGAUCGCUACGGCUUCAGAAAGAGCAAUCAAUACGUUACCCAGGAACAGUAUGACGAGUGGAAUCAUGGGUAUACCGACUACCUAGCAAGGAGGCGGAAGAAGUGGAACCUCUUUUUGAAGGACAACGAGCUAAUGACGGACACUCCCAACCGGUUCCCCCCUCGCUCGGCCAAGACGAAGCGUUUUGUUCGGAAGGGCAUCCCGCCAGAGUGGAGAGGAGCAGCCUGGUUCUACUACGCAGGCGGUCCGGCCAUUCUCUCGAAACACUCGGGGCUGUACGAUACCCUUCUCAAGCAAGAGGUCAAGGAUGUAGACUACGAAGCCAUUGAGCGGGAUUUGCAUCGGACGUUCCCAGACAACAUCAAGUUCCGCUCAUCGCAGCCUGCGGCGGCCCCGGGCGACACUACUCAGACUCGCAACAGUGGGCAGACGGUCAAAGAUCCCAACGGGAGCGUCCGAGAGAUAGAUGAGAAGCCCAUGAUCUCCUCCCUGCGGCGGGUGCUGCACGCCUUUUCUGUCUACAACCCCCGUAUCGGCUACUGCCAGUCCCUCAACUUCCUUGCAGGUCUCCUGCUCCUUUUCGUGGAAACCGAGGAGCAGGCGUUCUGGUUACUUAACAUCAUAACCAGGGUCUACCUCCCCGGAACACACGAGAUGAGUCUCGAGGGCGCCAACGUCGAUCUUGGCGUGCUAAUGUCGUCGCUCAGAGACGCCAUGCCCGGCGUAUGGGCCAAGAUCGGUGGUGAGCUGGAUGGGACCGAUGCGGUACGACCCAAGAAUCGCAGACAGAAGUACAUGGGCGAACCAACUCGACUGCCGCCCAUCACCCUUUGUAUGACGGCGUGGUUCAUGAGCUGUUUUAUUGGGACGUUGCCCAUCGAGACCACGCUGCGGGUUUGGGAUGUGUUUUUCUACGAGGGGUCGAAAACGCUCUUUCGGAUCGCAUUGUGCAUCUUCAAGCUUGGCGAGUCCGAGAUCAGGACGGUUGGGGACCCCAUGGAGAUCUUUCAGGUGGUCCAGACCAUACCCCGGAGACUCAUCGACGCAAACGGGCUGAUGGAGUCAUGCUUCAAACGGCGCAACGGGUUCGGCCACCUGAGCCAGGACACCAUUGAACAGAAGAGACAGGAGAGAAGAACCCUAGUCAAAGCCGAGAGAGAAAAGCUGGCACUUGGCAAGACGGUGCCCACGGAGGUGAAUGACGUGAAGAGGAAAGGAACCCUGUUCACCCGACGCAAGGGCCGAAGCAACCCUGCUGAGGUUAUGUGA